AUGGAUCCGUAUGCAGAUCAAAAGCAGAUGGAUUCCCAUUUUGUUGCGCCAAGCAGUUGUGUAGAAGAUCCUUGUAAGCGUACCACUGCAGGCGACCUUCAUUCAAAUCUGGAAGCUCCAUCGGCUGAUGGCAUCGCGGCUUGUAAUGCUGGCCUCUUAUCAGAUGUGCCCCCUAAGGCUUGGAGACCUGUUGCUUGCGAAUCGUCACGCCCUAUAGACACUCUUGCACAACUGAACCGCCAGGAGCCGCUAGUGAAGGGUGAUGAUGUUAGGGAAGAAGAAAAUGAAGAGUGCGAGUGGGCUGAAGAGGAAAACAUAGUGCGAAAGCAGUCUCGGCAAAGCGCCUCGGGCCAGCGAACACCUGCUGGUUCUGCUGCUAUUCCAUGUGUUCGGGACGAGGAAGAAAUGGGGGGUCUGGAUUAUAUGCAAGAAAGUAGUGUUAUUGGUGAUUAUAGAAGCGGCGGUGACUGCGAUGUCUUUACCCAGACGAGUGGCGACAGCUCAGGCUCCGUUGAACUGAAAAUUUCAAAUCAAAGCGACAGUGUUAUCUUAAUGGUUAUCGAUAUAUAG